GCCCAAUAAUUACUCAUUUGGCCCACUAACAAAGCCCAAAGUUGAAGAGGUGUUGUCAUUUAUGGCCCAUAGUUGCGUUUUAGCAGAUGUAUCCACUCCACAUCGUCGAAGCAGCUCUCUCUCUCUCAGUUAUGGCUGGUAGAAAUCGUAUGCCCCGUCAACCUGAUAACUUUCGAGGAUUCCGUGAUGGGCCACCACCACGGGUUAUUAUGCAGCGAGGACCGGGACCCCUCCCUCCCCACCCAUCAGCCCUUGAAGAGGAACUAGAACUCCAGCAUAGGGACUUGCAGAGAUUUCUUGCUGAAAACAGACACGUGAUUGAUGAGAAUGUGAUGCUUGAAAGGGAAUUAUCUGCUGUAAAAGAUGAAAUGCAUAGAUUAAGUCAGGUCAUUCCCAAAAUGCGUGCUGAUAAUGAGGCACAAGUAAGAGAGUACAUUGACAGAGGAAUGAAGUUAGAGGCUGAUCUUCGAUCUACUGAGCCUUUAAGGUCAGAGGUAAUCCAAUUGAGAGCUGAAGCUCAGAAGCUAAGCACUUUACAGAAAGAAUUAUCUGCCCAAGUUCAAACUCUUACGAAGGAUACUAAUCGACUACAAACUGAAAAUAAGCAACUAUCAGCUAUGAAGACUGAUAUUGAUGGAAUGCACAAAGAAUUGGCGGAAGCGAGGAGACAAUUUGAAUAUGAGAAGAAAGCAAAUACAGAACUGGUGGAGCAAAAUCAAAAUAUGGAGAAGAAUCUGAUUUCAAUGGCUCGUGAAAUAGAAAAGCUGCGGGCAGAGAAAGUUGGACGAGGCCUUGGUGCGGGAGCUUAUGGCAUGAUGAAUGGAAGCCCUGAGAUGAGAUAUCCUGGUGGAGCAUAUGGUGAGCCGUACAGUGGCAGUGGUUGGGGUUCCUAUGACAAUCGUGGUCCUCCCAGACGUUGAAUCCUAUAUAUAAUGUGACAACACUUGAAGAGAAAUGUAAUGUGAGGUUUUCUCCCUAUUUAGAAAUGCAAGUCAAACCUUUAUGAAACAAAUACACUUUGAGAUCAAGAUUUUCCAAUCGGACCGUUGGCUUAAGAACAAAUCUUUGAUAACAUAUUAAGAAUGUAGUUGUAUCAUACGCGAUUUGGCAUCUUGCUAUUCAAUUAUAAGCUAUUGAGUUA